GGUCAACCGGGGCUAUGUCGUCUACGGGGCUAAGGCGUCUUCUCCAACUAUGGUACGAAUCACAUACUUUAGAACUACAAGUGCCAUCUUUUUUCUAUCUUUGGCAUUAAAACUACAAAAAGUCACCAACAGAUAUCGUGACAGAGCCAAAUUUUUAAAAUAAUCGUCCAUCUUUAAUUUGUCAUUUCAUUCGGACACUUCCUGGUUGCCAACACGUGAUUGUGAAUCGAUUUAAAUCUCAGUUUCUUGAAGUGAUCAAUGUUUCUUAACUGUUUUUCAACACCAUGGUUCGGCACUAUAAACGAAAAACAACCACUACAUAUGAUCUUCAAACAUUAAAACAAGCUGUAGAGGAAGUACGAAGUGGCAAAAUAAAUUCGUACCAAGCGGCACGUAAAUACAAUAUACCUCGCACGACUAUAUGUGAUCGAAUAAAUAAAAAAAGAGGUGUCGUAAAAGAAACUCGUGGGCCACCCACCGUGAUUGACACAGACAACGAGCUCAAACUAGCUAAUGGUCUGCGAGUUAUGGAGAAGUUCGGGUUUGGACUUACGUCUAAAGAAACACUGGAUUUAGUUAGCAUACAUGUGAUUCAAAAUAAUUACUUAACCCCGUUUAAAAACAACCGGCCUGGAUAUGAUUGGUUUUCUGCUUUCAAGAAAAGACACAAUCUGUCCUUAAAAAAGCCACAAGCAGUGGAGAUGUCCAGGAAAGUCGCAUGUGACCCUUUUAUAGUAAACGAGUACUUUUAUAUCCUUGAAGAGGUUUUGAAUGAACUGGAUUUAAAAGGAAGACCAGAAAAAGUUUGGAAUCUGGACGAGUCAAGUUUUGGAAAUGACCCUGACAAAACAAAAGUUGUUGGCGCCCGUGGAUUUGCCAGUACAAGAACUAUCGCAUCAUCUGGCAAAGAUAACGUUACGAUCUUGUUUACUGCCAGCGCCGCUGGUGAUAAAUUGCCACCAUUGAUUAUAAAUCGAGGAAAAAAUACAUGGGACCAAUGGAUGUCGGAACUAGGUUACAUGAAUACAUCUUACGCUGCUACGCCAAAUGGCUGGAUAGAUUCUAAAGUAUUUGAAAAGUAUAUGUUCAAUACUGUGCUGCCGCAUUUAAGCGAAGAUCCGCCAGCGUUGUUAAUUUUUGACGGUCAUUCUACUCACAUCCAAUUGAAAAUUUUAGAAGAAGCACAAAAACGCGGAGUGACGAUUAUAAAGUUACCAUCGCAUGCAAGCCAUUUACUGCAACCGUUAGAUUUGUCAGUUUUCAAAUCGAUGAAAAAUACUUGGGACGAAAAACUGGUACAAUGGCAACGAUUGAAUGUAGGUAAAAAGUUGCCGAAACAUGAAUUUAGUCACAUUAUUGGAGAAGUUUGGCGUGAACUGAAUCCUAAUAUUAUACGGAAUGGCUUUAGAAAAGGCGGCAUAUACCCAUUCAACAUAGACGCUAUUCCAGAAGAAACAUUUGACCCUGAGUCGCUAAAAAGAUUUAAACAAUUUAAAAAAUCUAGAAAAGAAAUUCCUUCUUUGAAAUAUUUGAGUUUGCAAAUAGUACUCCACAAGGUAAACAGUAGCCAGGAACCCAAAGAGGAUACACAGAUCACACUGAAUGAAAACAAUCAAGGAAUGGGAUUUAACAACUUAAACGACUCAAACACACUCAGCACAAACAAGAUCAACAUUAUUGAAGAUAGAAUUUUGUCUGCUUCAGAAAAAAUUUCUUUCGAAACUUUACUAUUGCAGAAAAUUAAACGAAGUGAUUCUACAGUGAAACUGAAAAAAACAAAAAUUUCAAAAGGUUGUGAAGUAAUUACAAGGGAAGAAUUUUUAGAAAAAAAAAGAAAAGAAGAGGAAGAUAAAGCAAAAAAGAACAUUAAAAAACCUACAAAAAAAGAAAACAAAGAACCCCAUUGCAGCAAGGAAGCCAAACACUCACUAAAGAAGAAAAAGGCUGUUAAAAAAUCUAAAAAAAGAGCCCAAAAACAAAAGAAGUGUGUUGAUUACGACGAAGAAUCUGAAGUUGAAACAGAUAUUAGCUUUUAUGGAUCUGAUAUAAGCUGUGAAGAUUUAGAUCUUUAUGGUGAACAUUAUUUAGCGGAAAUGGAAUAUUUUGAUAAUUUGUCGCUGUACACAUGCAAUGAAAAUGUAACUGAUGAUUGUUUUUCAAAUCAUGACGAAAAUAUAGUAAGAAAUGAAGAAUUUGAACCAAAUGUCGGCAGAAGGAAUCUAGAAGUUCACGACUGGAUACUAGUGCGUUUUAUAACCAAAAAGUCAGUGAAGUAUUACGUUGGUAAUAUUAUUUCUGUUAAUGAAAAUAAUAUACCCAACGUGAAUUUUUUGAGAAAAAUAAAGAACAGUAGGUUUAUGUCUUUUCACUACCCAGACGUGGAGGAUAUAUCAGAAAUUCAACAUUACGAUGAUAUUGUAAUGUUCCUUCAGAAGCCUAAUAUAUCUCGCAGAGGUCAUGUUACAUUUGACGAAAAUUUUAAAAAUUACAAUAUUCAGUGAUGUUUCAUACAUAAGACAACGAGAUUUACUUAAUCUUAAGAAAACAGUGCUGAUUUUUAAGUAUUGUAAAAGAAGUCUGAUUUUUUGAUAAUUAUUAUCAAUAUUAUAAGUGUUGUUAACAUAUAAAAAACUUUAAAUUGAAUUAACUAAAAGAUCUCACAUGUUUUCGUAACUCUAUCUAGUUAUGUAAUGAUCAUAACAAAUCAUAACACUUGUAAUUGUAAGGGCAAAAUGCUGUCAGACUUUUAUUCUAAUAAAUUGUGUAUAAUUUUAA